AUGCAGCCUCUGGCAUACUUUGCCGUGAGGAGUUUGUUGGGAUGGCUGCAAUGGGUGGAACGGGCCGAGCAUGCCUUCAUCAGCAAUGCGCUUGUCUUGGUUGCUGCAGGAGCGGCACACUGCUGGGCUGUAGUAUAUGCUCUGUUCAUUGCCAUUCACACUCGGGCGAUGAGAUACGAGGGUUAUCAUGAAGGCUACACUGAGCAUCUACCUAUAUGGGUGAACUGGACAGAAAAUCUAGCAGUGGCAUCGAUGGGAAUUUGGUGGGCAGCCGGUUUCUCCACAGCGGCCAUCCGCAUCAUUGAUGAUGAUGCUCGAGGUCUGCCAAUGGAUGGUGGAGACGUCCAGGUCAACAAGUUCAUCCAGAUCCUUCGGUCUGAAAGGCUGCACGAUGGUUUGGGAUUGGCCCAUACCCUCAGCUGCAUUGGAUUGUUCAUCAGCAUCGUCUUGCUCUGCAUUGCCAUGGGCUUGAUGAAGGGCUCUGUGACGGCUUGCGAGCUGUGCCUUUGCUUUGUCGCGAUUGGCUUUGCCAUUCCUCAUGCAGUGGUCUCCUGCCGCCGCCUAGACUUGAGCAACCCGAAGAAGACAGAGGAUGCUGCGCCCCUGCCUUCCGAGGCUGCUGAGGCAGCCGCGCAGGAGGCCGCCUCCUUGGGCCCCCAGCUCUGCGUUAUCCUGGCUCUGGCGGACUCUCCUGGACACGCGUACUUAUGGCAGAAUUUUGUUUACUUCGUAGCUGCCAUUGCCUUCGUGGCUGCAGUCGCAGCCUGUGGACGUUCCCCUCCGAAGGUGGGCAAUGCUGCCCUGCCACCGCAAACAGGAGAAUUUGCCACGUGCCUCGUGCUGGACUUCGUAGCCUCGGUGGCCCUGGUUGUUUGCUUCCCGCAUCUCAACAACUGGCACUUGUGGGCCAUGACUGCCCUCCUUGUUGCCCUCUUUGCUGCCACUUGGUUUGAGGGCUGGCGAGACCUGCUGAUCGACUUGCUGGAUCCUCUGUUUGUGGUGCGCAGCGACACUGACAAGGCUCUGCCGGGGAAGCAGCGGGAGACGCUCAGACGAGUGUCUUGGGGCUGCUGCUUGGUUUGCGCUGCCGUGUCGAUGUGGGACAUCAUGCUCCACCCUGUGCAGGAAGGUCUCUUCGAACUUCCGGACUCGUUGCACCUCGACGAUGGGCUCGCGGAUCUCUGGGACAAAAACACGAUGAUGCUGCUGAGAUGGAAGCCUGGGGAGGGCCGAGGUGAGACCGGCUUGCUUUGGGCGGCAGCAGAAGCCAUGGAACUCGAUGCCCUCACCCUCAAGAAGCAGGCCAUCUUUGAGGAGCAGAGGCUUUUGCUGUUCAAGUACGACGCUGGCAAGGACGGUGAGAAAAAACCAGGCGGCGCGUCAGUACAUUCCAAAUGGAAAUCCAGCGUGGCCAGCCCCAAGGGAGACUUGGAGAAGAUUGUGGACACUGGCUUCCCGGCAGUGUUGAACGUGACUUUGUGCCUUCACGCACAUGCUCACACUGAAAUGGCAAAAGCAAAGGUCAGAAGUGAUGCAAGCGAAAAGGGUGAAGAGCCGCCUGCAGAGACAAGUCAUCCAAUGCACAAUGUCGACGACUUCGUGCAGAUCGUGGGUCCGGCUACCGAUGCGCAUGAAGCCUACAUGGCUGGCUGCAACUGGUGGACAGAGACAUUAGAUUCUUUCUACGGGCAUUCGGAUGAUGAGAACCAUACGGAUGUGGAUCCGCAGCAUCAUGCAAGUGCCGAUGAUGAGGAGGGUGCAGAUCUUGCAUGA